AUGGAUGUUGACAUGAAGAUUCGUAUCUACAGAGUUAUUGGCUAUCUUGCUGUCACAUGCUCAACGAUUGCUAUUUUGUGUAUUUGUGUGGCUCUUCCCAUCAUCUACAAUCAGGUGUACUCAAUUCGACAACAAGUUCAUCUCGAACUCGAACAGUGCAAGAACUCGGUUCGAUUUGUUUGGAAUGGGGUAAAGAUCUUCGACAAAUCUUCGACAAAAGGCAAUCGAACCACUCGUGAUGCCUAUCCAACUAUUCCACCGCCACCUCCGUUGUCCGUGUAUCCAACUGAACCACCACGACCCCCGCCAUAUCCUAUUCAACCUCCAAUGGGUGUUUGCGAGAGCUGCUGCACACCCGGUCCCCCCGGCCCGAUGGGAUCUCCAGGAGCUCCGGGCCAACCCGGCCAACCUGGCUCCCGGGGUCAGCCAGGGAACCCUGGACGGUCCCCGAAAAAACCCUGUCUUCCACCCUCACCACCACCAUGGAUGCUCCCCUCCUCCGCGGUUCCCCUCGAGCGAUCGGUCCGCAUCCCAGCUGGAACAAAAUUGACGACAUCGAGGAUAAUUGGAAGUCCGGCAGCACCGAUUCUGAAAAAAACGACAAGUUUUGGAGCGGGAGAACGAUUUGCGAGACACACUUUUGGAUCGCCCGGACCGGCUGGUGAGGUGCUGAACGGCUCGGGAUCGGGCGUAUCGCCGAGGGAUCAUCACACGAUGCUCGGUCAUAUGGCCUCGGGAUCGGCGACUCUCUCAGCGGUUAGAGAUCAACAAGAAACCGAGAAUAGAGGAGAUUCGUUGGAACCCGAGAGUACACAAGGUGACAGAUAUGGCUCGGACGCAGGCUUCAACGAGGAUGUCGAGGGACGAUUACCGCUCGAAAGAAAUGCCCACAAAAACUCAGUUCGAGAACCGAUACCUGAUGCAAUGCUCAAAUUGAACAUUGGAGGGAGCAGCUAUCGGAUACGAUCGCGAUCCAUAGUCAAAUUUGGGCCCAAGACUUUGUUAGGUCGUUUCGUUCGAAUGAACCAUGAACACCGACGACAAUGGGCUGAUUGGUAUUUCGAGGACACCGACGAAUAUUUCUUUGAGAGAGUUCCUAGGUACUUUGAUCCAAUCUAUGACUUCUUUGCCACCGGAAAGCUGCACGUCCCAAAGGACUUAUGCUUUGACAAAUUCAUGGCCGAGCUCCGCUUCUGGGCUGUCUCGAAGUCAAAAAUGGACGAUUGUUGUUCGCCGUUCACUCAGUAUGCUUUCACACUCACCGCCCCAUCACAGGAAAAGGAUCACUUCAUUGGUGUGCGAUGUGCAAAAUUGAGAAGACGAUUAUGGCUCGUUUUAGAGGGACACACAAAUAGCAAGUGGUGGAAGGUCUUCGAAGUGACCUCAACCUCAUUUGUUGUGCUGAGUGUUGCGGCGUUGAUCCUUGGAUCAAUUCCACAAUUUCAAGUCCCCCAGCGAACGGCUGAUGGAGAAUUCGGAUUUGUCACUGGCACCUAUCCAACGUAUCCGGCGCACGGAGAAACGAUUUACAAACAAAGAACUGUUAUUAAAGAAGGACCAACUGAUCAAGAUGAAAUGGUCGAACAUCCAGUGUUCAACUAUGUCGAAAAUAUUUGUGUUGUCUAUUUCUCUCUUGAAUACGCAUUGAGAUUUUGGGUGGCUCCCCGAAAAUUAGCCUUUGCCCGUCAAUUCCUCAAUGUGAUCGAUCUUCUUUCAAUAGCACCGUUUCUCAUUGAAAUGCUUCUCAUUUUGGUUGGAAUCUCGGGUGACAAUGUUCGAAAAGUUCGUUGGGCUUUCCUCACCGUUCGUCUUCUUCGCGUUCUUCGAGUCAUUCGAAUAGCAAAAUUAGGCCGAUUCUCGCCUGGUCUUGCCAACUUUGCGUUAACAAUUCGAAAGAGUAAGAAGCAAAUGCAAAUGGUCGGCGUGGUGAUGGCCACUGUUGUUAUCUUCUUCUCAACUUUGAUCUAUUUCUUGGAGCGAGACGAACCGGGCACAAAAUUCACCUCAAUUCCCGCAGCAUUUUGGUGGAGUGUCGUCACAAUGGCCACAGUGGGCUACGGUGAUUUGGUGCCAGUGACAGUUGCUGGCAAGCUGGUUGGCUCGGGGGCGAUUGUAUGCGGAGUGAUGGUGUUGGCGUUACCGAUUACAAUCAUGGUGAACAACUUCAUGCAAGUCGUCAAGUUGAGAGAAGAGAAAAUCAUCAAAAAGUACGCACAAGCACAUGGAGAUCAAGGCAAUGUAAAUCCGAUUUGUCGACUGAAGGUUCCUUGUGAAGAUCCGAGAACCAUUCAAAUAUCUUAUUCUCAUCGACGGGACGAGGAAGUUCUCUACUCUCCACAA